ACUCCGCAGAAGUGGGAGCGGGUACCUGUCAAAUUCAGGUACCCGCUCCCCCUCCCUCCCCCCAAAGGUCCACAGUCUCUGGUAAUCUCCUGUACUGUGUCUGCAGUUUCUGGUCAUCUCCUGUACUGUGUCCGCAGUCUCUGGUCAUCUCCUGUACUGUGUCGCAAUCUCUGGUCAUCUCCUGUACUCUGUCCGCAGUCUCUGGUCAUCCCCUGUACUGUGUUCGCAGUCUCUGGUCAUUCCCUGUACUAUGUCCGCAGUCUCUGUUCAUCUCCUGUACUGUGUCCGCAGUCUCUGGUCAUCCCCUGUACUAUGUCCUCAAUCUCUGGUCAUCUCCUGUACUAUGUCCGCAGUCUCUGGUCAUCUCCCUGUACUAUGUCCGCAGUCUCUGGUCAUCCCCUGUACUGUGUCCGCAGUCUCUGGUCAUUCCCCUUCUGUACUAUGUUCACAGUCAUCCCCUGUACUGUGUCCGCAGACUCUGGUCAUCUCCUGUACUGUGUCCGCAGUCUCUGGUCAUCCCCUGUACUGUGUCCGCAGUCUCUGGUCAUCCCC